UCACGAGAGAAAAUCCACAAAAAUUUUGAGAGAGUAAUUAGUUAUUUCCAAAAGCAGCAAAAGCGGCAGGCAUUUAUUUUCUGAAAAACGGAUAAAUCAAAAAUUUAGUUAGUCAGAAGUCAGAAAGACUUCUGACUAACUCGCGUGGAAAUAAAUCAGUAUUGCGAAUCAUCGGUUCAAUAAAAUUAUAAGUGAUUUUCUCGUACGCACUGGUUUUUGCCAUACACUCAUCGGAUUUUCUGUCAUAUACUUCUGGUUUAUCACGAUGAAAAAUUUUUGAUUUAUCCGUUUUUCAGAAAAUAAAUGCCUGCCGCUUUUGCUGCUUUUGGAAAUAACUAAUUGCUCUCUCAAAAUUUUUGUCGAUUUUCUCUCGUGAAAUCUUAUUAAAAAUUUGUCUCUUAACCUCUGCUGCAAAAUUAUCUAUUACUUGUCGGGGGAUAUUUCGUGGGCGUAUAUUCUGAUUAAAUCUGCACUGUAUCUUAUCUCACAUAGUUGCCACUUCCUGUGACAGACGACGAAAUGCUGUUUUGGGGUUUGGGUGGAUGUAAGCCGGACCUUUCAUGCUGAAUCUGAUGGCAAUGUUUAUUUUUAGACAAGAGCUCAAGAACAAGGCGAAAACGGAGGUUUUUAAAAAUUGGGGUUACCGCGCUAUUUUCACGUAAUAUUAAAAUAUUUACAGCUCACUCAGAAACAUCCUGACGAGUGGGAAACUUCAAGGUAAUAUUAGUUUAUCCUUUUUUUAACGUAAUUAUUGAUCAAAAGGAAUUGAAAACAAUAUUUCUGCAUAAAAGUUUUCUAGACAACGUUUCGACAAAUCAUAAUGAUUUUAGAAUCUUUUUCUCUAGGUUUUUUAUAAACAGGGUUAUAUAUUUAUAAAGAGGUUUUCUAUAUACAUUAGUCGGAAUUUCUUGCGUCCUGAAGUUUCCCAUUCUUUCGGAUGUUUCUAAGUGAGCUGUGAAUUUUAUAAUAUUAGGUGAAAACAGCGUGGUAACCCCAAUUUUCCAAACAUUCGAUUUUCGCCGCAAGUAACAGUGUUAAUUGUUCGACUGUUUCAAAUGAAGGGAUUUUAGCAUUAGUUAAUUCUGUUUCUAAUGGUAGUACUUUCAUAACUAUAGUAUAUAAUAGUGUUUACAAUUGAACACAAUUAAUAACAUCUAAUAAAUGUCUUGUACCAUUUGCUUUUCUUGUUAAACAUCGAAAAGCAUCACGUGUUAUUACAAAUACAUAUUGUGGUAAAAUAUUACAAAUACAUAUAGGUAAAAUACAUAUUGUGAACAUUUGACAAUAUUUCCAUACAGGAGCAUCUUUCUUAAAAAUUAAAUAUUGGGAAUAUAAUUCUGGUUGUUUGUGUUGUUGACAAUAACUAGACAGACUUAAUUCAAUUAAAGCAAGAAAUAAAAAGUAUGUUCUCAGUACUAUUGCAGUACACAAAGUAAUUAAGAACAUUAGAAGUAAGUAAACAUUAGAAAUUAGAAAUGAUGAAGAAAAUAGUCUGUACAUUUUUCUUUUGCUUUGGGGCUUGUGAGAAUACAUUAUAGUCUUUUAGUAGCCAUGAGUAAACAAGAAAGAGCAUAUUAAAUGAUUAAAGUCAGUGAUUGAAUGGAUAGUGAUAGGGAUGAUUAUUUGAACAGCCUUGAAUAUUUCAGUUUACAAUGGCAAAAGCAUUUAUAUCAACUAAUAUAUGUCAGCUUUAUUUCGAAAUGCAUUUAUGAUCGAUCUAUGGAAAGAACAAAGAUCGUAAGGCUUGUUAAUAUAAUAGAUAGAUAAAGAAGGUCUUACACCUCUAGCUAAUUGUCAAUCAUGCAUCAAUUGUAUCGAGAAGUGGUGCACUUCAAAUCUUAUGUCGAUCAAUAUUUCUAAGUGUGAAUGUAUGUUUGUUUCGAAUUCCUCUCAACAUGGGGAUAGUUCAAUCCGACAGGCGUUUCCAUUCAGCGUGUAAAGAGUCUGUGUUUAUUAGGUGUGACUAUUUCUUCUGAUCUUCGUUGGGAUGUUCAUGUAGACAGACUAGUUAUUUCGCUUAGACGCCGUUUAGGUGCGAUGAAUAGAAUAUUCAGAAAUGCUUAACAGAAAGAAUACAGUUCAGCUCUAGAUUGCGUUAGAUUGUGAAACGGAGAAUAAAAAAAUGAAAAUUUGUUCUAUUCUGUACACAGAAAUGUAUCCGCUUUCUUUCAUUCAGCAAAGUCAGAGAAAGAAAAAGAAAAGAGAAGCAUAUUGGUCUACAUCUACGCGUAGAUUUUGAUUUUGACGGCUUUCCCAAGUAGAUAUACUGCUGUUUUUCUCAUUGUAACAAAUGUGAUGUGAAUCCAUUAUCGAAAACGAAAUAAAUAUAUAGUAUUGAUAUUCACAGUCAUUUAAAAAGCAAACAUUUGAGCGUAUGCGUCAGAAAUGUGGAGAUGGACAGUCAUAUUAUUACUUUUCUAUACUGAAUACAGAUCUGUCAGAACAACAACCGUAUGUAAACAAAAAAUCGUAUUAGUUAGUCUAACAUCACUAUCAACUCCAUAUAAAAUAGCUACAUGGUUUCGUUAUAGAGAAGAUUUAAAGAAUUUCAAAAAUUAGGUUGUACAUUUAACUGUAAGUGGUAUUACGUAUGAUCGUACAUAUUGGAAUUUUCCAUAUAAACCAUCAAUUUAUUCCUAUGUUGGUCAUAUUAUUAAUCAGAGUAAUAGCAAAAUUGUUGUAUUAAAAUUUGAUCGUCUUGGUAUUGGUCUUAGUGAUCAUCCACCGGCAAAUGAAACAAAUUUUGAUAAAAUUAUUGCUGUUGCUCAAUCAACGGGUACGCUGAUAUCCUGGAUAGCAACGUUGAAUUUGAGUUAUAAUGAGUACAUUAAUGGGUUAAUUGCAACUGGAUGGUUGCAUGUACAUGAUCCAGUGGGUUAUGUUGCCGUCAGUGAAUCAUCUUAUCCUGUACAAUCAGAUCCAAAAUUUUCAUCAGACUCCUAUCCUGAUGGUUAUUUAACAACAAAUCCAAAUAUACAUACACGUCAAGAAUUAUUCUAUAAUAUAGAUGAUGUUGAUUCGUAA